CGUCUGGGGUCAGUUUCUUCCACCGCCAGAAACUGGUAUUGUGUAGAACGAUCCAUAACUAAAUCAACGUUCAUCAAAUCCAACCUAAUUCCCGUGCUAUUUCGAUCUUCCACGAUGAAUAGAUUAGUUGUCAGGUCGGUUUUGAGUAGGUGUUUGAUCAACAACGGCCGGAAUUUUAACAUGUUGCAGUCGCCGGAGUUGGCGGCAGCAGUCGUAUCGAAUUUGAGGCUGUAUAGUCAGACUCAGACGGUAAUCGAUAGGGAUCAUGAUUUUGGAAGCUUUAGAUGGAGGAGAAUGAUGAGCUCUGCUGCGGAACCAGCGUCGAAGGCGCCGUCGGUGAAGCAGAAGGAAGCGGGAGCUGAGAAAAAGGAAGGCGGAGGUCAGGUUGUGCCUUCGAGUUAUUGGGGAAUUUCGAGAUCUAAGGUUACCAGGGAGGAUGGUACUGAGUGGCCUUGGAACUGUUUCAUGCCAUGGGAUUCUUAUCAAUCAGACUUGUCAAUAGAUCUCAGUAAGCAUCAUGUACCCAAGAAUUUUGUUGAUAGAUUUGCUUUCAGAACAGUGAAACUGAUGAGAAUUCCAACGGAUUUAUUUUUCAAGAGGCGAUAUGGGUGCCGUGCGAUGAUGCUUGAAACUGUAGCUGCCGUUCCCGGCAUGGUGGGUGGUAUGCUGCUGCACUUGAGAUCUCUGCGUAAGUUCCAGCAAAGCGGCGGUUGGAUCAAGGCGUUGCUUGAAGAAGCCGAGAAUGAGAGGAUGCACCUCAUGACAAUGGUAGAGCUUGUGCAACCCAAAUGGUAUGAACGGUUUCUGGUUCUAACGGUCCAGGGAAUCUUCUUCAACCUGUUCUUCGUUGUAUACAUUUUAUCCCCAAAACUGGCGCACAGAAUUGUCGGGUAUCUUGAAGAAGAGGCGAUACAUUCAUACACUGAGUUCCUCAAGGACAUUGAGAGCGGUGCAAUUGAAAAUGUUGCGGCUCCUGCUAUCGCUAUUGACUAUUGGAGGCUGCCAAAAAAUUCAACCUUGAAGGAUGUCAUAACCGUUAUCCGAGCUGAUGAAGCUCAUCAUCGAGAUGUCAACCAUUUUGCUUCCGACAUUCAUUUCCAGGGUAAGGAAUUAAGAGAGGCUCCAGCACCUAUCGGUUACCAUUGAAUCCUCCAUUCUCAUAUACAAGUAAAUGUCUCAUCAUUCGUGAAGGAUUCAAAGUGUUCCUAGCCUAUCCGUUUUUGGUCAAACAAACAAGCAUUUGUACAGUAAUUUGAACUCGUAUUCUAGUUCCGUUUAGUAUGGUUAUGAUGGUUACGGACUAUCUUGAUUAGAAGAAAUUACCUUCUCGUCAAUAGUUUGUAACUUACGAGAUAAAAUAAUCUACGUUGUUUUGAAAAUCAGUUUCAACGAACGUUUUAUUGAUUAUUAAGUU